CCCAGCUUAGCUCAGCUCGACGACGUGUUUCACAUUCAGUUGCUCGACUGCUGCUGUGACUAUUUGUCCACUCUUAAAAAUCUACUGUCGUUUAGCUGAGUAUUGUUCGUGCGUGCCGCCGACAUAGUUGUUCGUUAUCGUUCUCCACAUUUCGUUCGUUCCGUCAUCAUUCCUUUUAAUUGCAAGUUGCUGUGCUGAAAUUGCUGUUGCUACACUGAUUGCUGUUGCUGCUAUGCGAUUUCAUCAUUGUACCGAACGUCGUGGUGAGAAGUAGGUGCGCGUUGUGCGCGUUGUUUUUUUGAAACGAAGCAAACUAAAAAGUGAACUGCAAGAAUUGUUGCUAGUGACUAUGUGUAUGUGUGUGUGUGUGCAGCCGUUUGUGCGAAAUAAAAAUUUAAAUUAUAUUUUCGAGACUUGUUUUUGUGCUCUGCGCUUGUGAAAGUUUUAAACAAAACAAAAAAGAGACGCACCGCUUUGGCGCCUGUCGCUGCUGUUGCCAGUAGUAUUUUUUUGGCUGUGUGUGCUAAGUUUAAUUUAUUGCUCAACAACUAUUCAAACAAACUACCAAAGCAAAAUGAGGCAGUCGGGAUCCACCGAUUCAAAGCCGGAAACUUACCAAGGUAACGCGAAAAUCUGCCGCUUAGUGGAGCUUUAUCCGUGCAUGUAUGAUCGCUCGCAUAUACACUACAUGAAGAAGGAUGUGUUGGAUAAGGCGUGGGACCAAAUUGCCAAGGAAGCUGGUGAAGAUGUUGCAGUAUGCAAAGACCACUGGCGCAACAUUCGCACCUCCUUUGCGCGUUCCAUUAAUAUCAAUAAAGUGCCAUCCAGCGCGAAUCGUACCAAACCAUAUUACCUACACAAAGAACUGCAAUUUCUCGCGCGUCACAUAACACCCGGUAUUCCAGUGUCACGCCGCUCAAGACGGAGCGAAAUGAUUGAGAUGCCGAUGGGAGAGGAAUCAUUUGAUGGUUCUGCUGUUACGGCAGCACAGGGAGGUGAAGCGGUCGAGGAGCAGGAGUCACAGCAGGAACAUGCGCCGAGUAGUAGUUUAGAUGAAGGCACCAUGUCGAGCAAAGGGGGGGAGCUAAUGGCACAGAGUCAUUCACCACAAGAAACACAAGCAGAUGCUAAGAGGCAAGAAUUGCCCGAACAAAGCUCGCCAUUACCACUGCUGCAACAUCAAUAUAUACAUCAGCAACCACCACAACAACAACAACAACAACAACAACAACAACAACAACCAGAACCUGCACCACCUCCACAACAGCAGCCAUUGCUGGCCGAAGUGCCAUUGCCACUGUAUCCGUUCAAAAAGCGACUGCGCACCGUCGUUGAGCCAAUGAUGUGUGUGGAAGUGGAGCAAGAGCGCGACGUAAAGCCUCCAAUCAAAGAACUUUGCACCUCCGAUACCGAUUUUGAUGCUGUCUUUCUUCAAGGCCUGUUGCCCGAAAUGAAAGCGAUGGACUUUCGUCAGAAGAUAAUCUUCAAGAAACGUAUCUAUGAAGUAAUUGGAGAAAUUUUUGACAGUAUACCAAAUAACAACGCAACACAUGGGACGUCUAUUACCAAUAGCAAUGGCACCUCUCCUUGUAAUGGCUAUGUCCCUAACCACAUGAAUGGCUACACGGUCAACGACAAGGGUCGAGCUCCAACUCCUGCCACAUCGCCUAGCGGCUCCGGUUAUAUCUCACCGCUGAAUACCCUAAACAACGCAUCAUCCGCUCCAACGACCGUUGUAAAUGCGACCGAUUUAGCGAUGCUACGUCGUCUCAGCUCAUUGUUACAGAGCCCGACAGUGGCGUCUAGCAGCAACAGCGCUAUGACAGCGCUGCCGAAGAAUGUCGCCUCUAUGUCGUCAGCAGGCAAUCGCCUGACAACAGCUUCAUAUGCAACGCCACGGAUGACUAACGCGUCCCGAGGUGCAAUUACGCGGUCCAGUGCUAACCUUUUGCUCAAUGGGCCACCAUCAGCAACACCAGCGACCAGUCAAGCAGUCAAGCAAGAGUUGUUGGAUGUUGCCGUUUGCAAAUCCCGCUGGCGCAACAUUCGCACCUCCUUUGCGCGUUCCAUUAAUAUCAAUAAAGUGCCAUCCAGCGCGAAUCGAACCAAACCCUAUUACCUACACAAAGAACUGGAAUUCCUCGCACGUCACAUUACACCCGGUAUUCCGGUGUCACGCCGCUCAAGACGGAGCGAAAAGAUUGAGGUGUCGAUCGGCGAGGAAUCAUUUGACGGUCUCGCCGCUACGGCAGCACAGGACGAUGAAGAGUACGACGAGCAGUGCACCGAUGAAGAGGAGUCACAACAGGAACAUGCCUCGAAUAGUAGUUUAGAUGAAGGCACCAUGUCGAGCAAAGGGGGGGAGCAAAUGGCACAACUUAGUCAUUCACCACAAGAAACACAAGCAGAUGCUAAGAGGCAGGAAUUGCCCGAGCAAAGCUCGCCAUUACCACUGCUGCAACAUCAAUAUAUACAUCAGCAAGCACCGCAACAACAACAACCAAUACAACCAGAACCUGCACCACCUCUACAACAGCAGCCAUCGCCGCCAGCGGCACUGCCGCUCGAAUCUACCACUGAAGGGGAAGGCGGCACAGUGGGCGAAGUGUCAUUACCAAUGUAUCCGUUUAAAAAGCGCCUGCGCACCGUCGUCGAGCCAAUGAUGUGUGUGGAAGUGGAGCAAGAGCCCGAUGUGAAGCCUCCAUCCAACGAACUCUGCACAUCCGAUUCGAAUUUUGAUGCUGCCUUUCUUCAAGGCCUGUUGCCCGAAAUGAAAGCGAUGGACUUUCGUCAGAAGAUAAUCUUCAAGAAACGUAUCUAUGAAGUAAUUGGAGAAAUUUUUGAGAAUACUCCAAAUACCAAUGCAACACGUCGUCCGUCGCAGCCAAACCCCGCAUACAACGGUAAUGCGUCUAUUGGCAGUAGCAAUGGUCGCACUCCCUCUAAUGGUUAUGCCACUAACCACAUGAAUGGCUCGAUGGUCAACAACAAACGUCGAAGUUCUAUACGUACACCAACUCCUGCCACAUCGCCUAGCGCCUCCGGUUAUAUCUCACCGUUGAAUACCCUAAACAACGCAUCACCCGCUCCAACGACCGUUGUAAAUGCGACCGAUUUAGCGAUGUUACGUCGCCUGAGCUCAUUGUUACAGAGCCCGACGGUGACGCCUAGCAGCAGCAACAGCGCUAUGACAGCGUUGCCGAAGAAUGCCGCAGGGUGCACCACCAGCAAUACACUGACAACAGCCUCACCACUAUCACCGGCGACGGUCAGCGUACAUCGGGGCGCAAUGACGCGGUCCAGUUCAAAUCUUUUUCGCACUUCAAUGGUGAAUGGUUUGGCGCUCCCUACAUCCACUGCCAGUGGGUCAUCAGCAGCAACACCAGCGACCAGUCAAGCAGUCAAGCAGGAGUUGUUGGAUGAAUGAGUCAAUUACUGCAAAUAUAUUUCGUUUUUUUUUUUUUAUUUAAAAGUGUGUUUUACUAGUUGGAACUUUUUCAUGCUUUAGGUAAAAUGUAGCUUUAGAAUUUUACCGAAGAAUUAGAUAUCUUUGUAAGAAUGUAAAUAAUUGU